AAACGUGACACCACCAGCCCAUUGUGGAUCCUUUGCAGCCAUGGCAGCCACCGGUGGCACGGAAGCACGUGAGGGCCGCUUCUUGCUGGACAUGUCGCAAUUCUUUGGAGGUCAGGUGUGGCUGGACGUGACUUCCGUGGCAGAGUCCGUGCGCAGCGACAAGUGGAAGCUGCUGGUGGCCUGCAUCUUGAUCGAUCUCAUAGGAAUGGCCAGCUAUCUGAUCCUGCUGGUGGGGGAGAUCACCGACCUGAUGUGGGCCCCCAUCGCCGGCUUUUUGCUUCAGUAUCUUUUUGGAAGCUUACUCGUGAGCUCUCUGGGCACUUUAGAAGAGUUUCUGCCCUUCACCGACAUUUUGCCGACUGCCACACUUGCAUGGGCGAUCUGCCACUUGGAAUGCUUGUCUUUUCUGCGGCUCUUGCUGGGUGUACAGCGCCAUAGCCCAGCGGCGGUGGAGGAUAAGGCACCUGCCAUGCGCGUCCCGUCUCGGCGUCCUUCGAAGUCUUGGGAUGGCAGGUUCAUGGCAGACUCCCUUGUACAGAGCCGCUGGAACGACUGGUUUUCAAUGACCAACCAGUUCAAGACCUUCCCCAGCCACAUGCAGACGCGCCAGUACAACAUCCAGAAGGUGGUGAACUGGUUCCGCAACCGGCGCUAUGCAUUGGAAGUAGAGAGCAAGCAGCGCAGCACCAAGAACCGAAACCAUGCGGAGGUGCUGAAGCGUUUCCGCCUGUCCCGCUUUGGUUGGCAACGCCGGCGCUCGCGACUGCGCGACGGGAAACGUCGCCGCCGCAGUUGGCUGGACAAGAAGAACUCAAAGAAGAUCGAUUAUGUCCACCGUGUGGAUAUGCUGAAGAUGAUUCGCAGUGCCACGUAUUUCAAGCUUCGCAUCCGUGACUUUCCGAAGGAUCCCAACCCCAACGUCCGCGAGACGCGCGGCAUCGUGGGCAGCCACUUUGGCUAA